AUGGGUUCGAAGGAUAUGGAGCCCCUGGCCGCCUCAUGGUGGCCAAUAUUCUUCAAGUCUCAGUUACAUUACAAGGCCAAGUUCCCACCACAGGAUACCAGUUUAUCCGAUAAAGUUCUUAUUAUUACAGGAGGAAAUCAGGGGCUCGGCUUCGAAUCCGCACGUCAAUUUCUCUCAUUACAUCUGUCCCACCUUAUCAUUACUGUGCGUUCUGAGAGCAAAGGGAAAGCCGCAGCUUCGAAGCUCCAGGAAGAGUUUCCAAAUGCAACUAUAAGUGUGUGGUCGCUAGAUAUGUGCUCAUAUGACUCGAUUCAAAAGUUUGUCAAGCGUGUGGAGAGCGAGCUACCACGCCUAGAUAUUGCUAUCCUCAACGCCGGGCGGUCCAAGGCCGAUUUCGAACUGGUCCCUAGUACCGGCCACGAGGAGUCCUUGCAGGUUAACUACCUCUCGACAAUGCUUCUUGCUACCCUGCUACUUCCAAUUUUGAAAAGCAAGUCUCCGCCAGGAACACCAGGCAGAUUGUCUAUUGUUUCCUCGGGUACCACUCUCGCGACAAGCUUCUCCAAUAGCCAGCAGUCACCACUCUUGAAAUCCUUCGAUGAUGCCAAAACUGGCCCCAGUCCGGGGCUUCAAACCUAUGGCGCGACUAAAAUGCUUUGUCAGAUGUUUCUCUACAAACUCAUAGAUUAUGUAUCCGCGGACGAUGUGGUUGUAAAUCUCGUGGACCCCGGGAUGACCAGGGGGACGGGAUUGAACCGCGACGUGCCCAAAGUUAUCAGGAUUUUCGCUGUUCCUAUGCUGCUCGCAAUAUCCCGCAGUGUAACGGAUGGUGCUUCUGCAUAUUCAGAUGCCACUAUCGUAAAGCAAAAAGAGUCUCAUGGAUGUUUCAUCAUGGAUUGGGAGAUCCGACCAUUUCCUCCUCUUCUAUACACACCGCAGGGGAAAAAUACUAUUGAAAGAUUGUGGCAAGAAACCUUGGAUGAAUUUGAAUUCGCAGGCGCUCGGCGUGUACUGGAGUCAAUGAAGAAAACCUGA